AUGGACAGAGGACUGCUGGAAUUUGUACCGGCUGGACUGAUCUGCCUCAUUAAUACAACAGCAGAACUGCUGAUGGAAAAGGGGAUUGUGGAGAUGGAAUUGUUAUUGAAUCACACAUUAGUCACUGAAUUUCUCCUCUUGGGGGUGACAGACAUUCAAGAACUGAACCCUAUUCUUUUUGUCAUGGUCCUUGCCAUGUACUUUGUCAAUGUGUUUGGGAAUGGAGCCAUCAUGAUGAUCGUCAUCUUGGAUCCAAGACUCUACUCACCUAUGUAUUUUUUCCUGGGAAACCUAGCAUGUCUAGAUAUCUGUUUCUCCACUGUAACAGUGCCAAAGAUGUUAAAGAACUUCUUCUCCGCAAGCAAAGCAAUUUCCUUUUUGGGAUGCAUAACUCAGCUUCAUUUCUUCCAUUUCCUGGGAUGUACAGAGGCCCUGCUGCUGACAGUCAUGGCAUUUGACCGCUUUGUGGCUAUCUGCAGACCACUGCACUAUCCUACCAUCAUGAAUCGUCAGGUAUGCAUCCAGGUGGCUGCUACCAUAUGGGCAAUUCCUUUUCUUCAUGCUCUGGUUCACUCCAUAUUGACAUCUCGAUUGAACUUUUGUGGUUCGAACCAUAUCCAUCAUUUCUUCUGUGAUGUUAAGCCAUUAUUGGAGAUUGCCUGUGGAAACACUGAACUCAACAGGUGGCUGCUCAAUACUCUUGCAGGGACCAUUGGCAUUGGCCUCUUCUUUCUGACAUUUCUCUCCUAUUUCUACAUUGUCACCUAUCUCUUUCUCAAGACACGCUCCUGCAGCAUGCUGCACAAAGCACUGUCCACUUGUGCCUCCCACUUCAUGGUUGUCAUUAUUUUCUAUGCUCCUGUUCUCUUCAUCUAUAUCAAUCCUGAUUCAGGGAGUUCGCUGGAAAAGGACAGGAUCAUUGCUGUCAUGUACACUGUGGUCACCCCUGCACUCAAUCCACUUAUCUAUACUCUGAGGAACAAGGAAGUGAGGGGUGCUCUGAAUAGAAAAAUCAGAAUAUUGCUUUGA